UAGCGAAAACGCCGUGAUCACACUCACCAGUCAUUUACGAUCGUUCGAUUGUACUUAUUUAUUUGAAAUAUUCAAACCAACACAAAACCACACCAAUAAAAUGGCCGCUAAGUUAUUCAUCUUCGCCGCUUGCGUGGCCACCGCCUUCGCUCAAUACUCCGCUCCAGCCUACAAACCAGCUUACCCGGCUGCAGCUUACCCAGCACCCGCCUACGCCGCACCAGCGUACUCAGCACCGAAAGCCUACGCUCCAGAGCCCGCUUACCCACCGAAGCCAUACAACUUCGAAUACAGCGUAAACGACCCAUCCACCUACGACGUCAAGAGCCAAUCCGAAUACGCCGACGCCAACGGUUACGUCAAGGGAUCCUACAGCCUUUUGGAAGCCGACGGUUCCACCCGUGUCGUCGAAUACACCGCCGACAACUACGGAUUCAACGCUGAGGUCAAGAAAAUCGAAGGAUCAGGAUACAAGGCCGCCCCAUACAGCGCACCCGCCUACAAAGCCGCCCCGGCCUACAAGCCCGCUUACGCCGCCCCGGCUUACCCGGCACCCGCUGCCUACCCGGCACCCGCAGCCUACCCGGCACCAGCUUACUCCGCACCGGCCUACAAACCAGCCCCGUACAAGGCGUACAUACUGCGAACACCGUCCACACAGGCAUCAUUUACCGAUCUCGUCUACGGUACACGAAGUACUCCGGUUUCAAUAAAACACAAAACAAACAACAAAAUGGCAACCAAGAUGAUCAUUUUCGCCGCCUGCGUGGCCACCGCACUCGCCCAGUACUCCGCCCCGGCCUACAAACCAGCCUACCCAGCACCCGCAUACCCAGCAGCCGCUUACGCCGCACCAAAGGCCUACGCUCCGGAACCCGCCUACCCACCGACCCCGUACAACUUCGAGUACUCCGUAAACGACCCGUCCACAUACGACGUCAAGAGCCAGUCCGAGUACAGCGACGGCAACGGCAACGUCAAGGGAUCGUACAGCCUGGUCGAAGCCGACGGAUCCACCCGUGUGGUCGAGUAUACCGCCGACGACUACAACGGUUUCAACGCCGAAGUGAAGAAAAUCGAGGGAGGAUACAAGGCCCCGUACAGCGCACCAGCCUACAAAGCGGCCCCGGCCUACAAACCCGCUUACGCCGCCCCGGCCUACCCGGCACCCGCUUACCAAGCACCGGCCUACAAGCCAGCCCCGUACAAGGCGUACUGAUUCUUCUGACCCGCCCCACGGCUCGAACGGCCGCCGAACACCGCAGCUGAGCGUCCGACCCACGACCGACGGACUCGCGCUGCUGCACCUACACGCAAAGCUCGUCGUGCACACUAUUUAUUGACGUCCUAUUGUACAUUAUAACUCGUGUACCUAUCAUAUGUAAAUAAUAUACAGUUCGAUAUCAUCA